AUGGCCAGCUCCGUCGACGGAAACAUGGAAGCUCGCGCCGACGAGGCGACGCAGGACGUCCUCGGCGCCCUCUCCACCAUCCGCGCCCCGGGGUCCUUUGCAUCGCUCGGCGUGCUGCCGAAAGUGCCUCCUGCCGGCCUGUUUGUGCGCGGCGUCGGCGACAUCUCCAUGCCGCUGCGCGAGUCUCAAGCGCAGCAGCUCAUUGCAAAGGCUCGUCAAGCGCCCUUUGGCAAAAGAGGCGACACCAUUGUCGACACUGCCGUCCGGAACACCUGGGAGCUGGACCCGGACCAGUUCACCUUUAGACAUUCGGGCUGGCCGCUGUUCUUGCGGGAUCUGUGUCGCGAUGUCGCCGAGAAUUUAGGCAUCAAUGCGGCCAUCCGGGCUGAGCUUUACAAGAUGCUCAUAUACGAGAAGGGCGCCAUGUUCAAGGCGCAUACCGAUACUGAAAAGAUGCCCGGCAUGUUCGGCACCCUCGUCAUCUGCCUUCCGUCAGCGCACCAGGGCGGAGAAGUGGUGCUCAAGCACGGCGGGCAGCAAAAGGUCCUCAAGACGUCCGAGGCUGCCCAGUCCUUUGUCUGCUGGUACUCAGACGUGUCGCACGAGGUCCUCCCCGUCACCUCGGGCUACCGAUGGGUCCUCACUUACAACCUUGCCCUCUCGUCGGCUGAGACGGCUCCUCCGUCGGCAGGCUUGCAGCAGGCCAGUGUGCUGGCGCUUCGACAGGCCUUUGGGCGUUGGCUUGCCCAAGAUGAGGACUCGUCUCGCACCGAGUGUCUCUACCACGUGCUCGAUCACAGAUACACCGAAGCCAACCUCUCGCUCAAGGCGUUGAAGACUCACGAUCUGGCCCAGGUCCAGGCUCUGGAGCACGUCUCGGACCAGUUACCCGUCGACAUCUUUCUCGCGUUUCUGGAGAAGAUGGAGAUGGGAGGCUGCUCGGAGGAGCCAUACCCGCAUCCCUGGUAUAAUGACAUGGACUACACCAUUGAGGACUUGCUUGAAACGUCCUAUCAAGCCAAGACUCUUGUCGAUCUGAAGGGCCGUGUAGUGACGAAGAACUUGCCCCUUCCGGAUGAUGACAGCCUCCUGGACGACUGCUUCGCGAACCUUGAAGCAGAUGAAAAGGAGUGUGAUGGUUACACGGGCAACGAGGGGAUGACUGCAACACACUGGUAUCGCAUCGCGGCCGUUAUCAUCGUUCGCCGCGACUCAGUCGGCUCCUUGUUCAGCCCAAGAGGUCUUGAUGUCCGCCAGCCUCACCACACCCGAGCCCCUAUUCGAUACUAUGCCAGCGCCUGUUUGGAACCACAGGCUCCGCAGACUCUGACGACUGCACUCGUCAACCUGUGCGAGGCGGCGUGGAAAGAUGAGCCGCGGCCAGAAGUCCACUGGUCAUUACGGCGGCCGGAGGCUCCCUUCGAUGCACAAGGCAUACGUGAUGUCUUGAGAGCGGCGGUGCAGCAGGGUCGAUACGACUUCUUUGAAAAGGCUGCGGCUCGCCACCGAGGCCUUUUGCCGGCCGCCUUUUUUGUCUGGCUGCGUCAGUGGCUGGGUGCCGAUUUCGGUGGCGACGCUGGGCAUUUCAAUGAGAUUCAAAAGGGAACCUCCUCAGCAGUCUUGGCGUACCCUCAUCUCGCCGACCAAGUCAGGGCCGUCACAACCUUUGCACCUCUUCCGAAGAGCAAGAUGGCUGGCGACUACGUGUCGAUUCCGGAGCGAGUCCUCGACUGGGCUCGCAAGACCCUGCGCCUAUGCCUGGAAGCCGGCCGAUGCACCCAGUUCGCCAACCAAGACGGACGGGCUGUCGUCGACCUUGCCUUGUACUUUGACGACCCCUCGGCCUUUCUCUCGCAGUUUAUGACGCCCGUGGCCGGGGGCAAGCUCUCCAACGCGGCAUUCUUGCUUGGAUUCGUGGCCGAGCUACGAGAUCGAAUCACCGAGGGCGUUGGACCUUUGCAAGAGUCAAUGGUCCUAUGCCGGACAGUAGCCAAAGCCUUUAUCGACUUGACCGAUUUCACGCAGAUUCGCGGCGAGACGCAAGACCAGGUCACGCCGCACGGACAGCCAAACUUCUCUGAGCAACCGCAAAGGGUCGAGGACCGGACAUCUAUCAAUCCUGAAGCGCUGGCCGACUUCUUCUCCACCAUCAUCGAGAUAAGCACAGAGGCAGAGGAUCUCGUGGCGCUCUCGGUCUCGAGAAUCGUCCAAGACGCUCCUAGGCUGCCAGCCUCGGAAUUCCACUCCCUAUGGCUGCCGUUCCUGCGCUCUCUCCUCGCCAUCUUGCAUGCUCGCGGCGUGCCCCUCGCCACUCCUUGCUAUCGGCUUCUCUGCACGGCCCUGCUCAAGGCCUACCCUACCAUAUGCCUCGGGCAUAAGCCGCGUAAAGAUGACAACCUCGUGCGGCCCCGCGUGUCCUGCGACUGUCAAGACUGCGCCCGGCUCAACGCCUUCCUGACGGCCCCGGCGCAGAGGCAGGGGCGCUUCUCCAUGGCUGAGCAGCGGCGGAAACACCUGGCAAGUCAGCUCUUGAGUGCAUCCAUCGACUGCACCCAAGUAACUGAGCGAGUGGGCUCGCCUCAUACUCUGGUGGUGACCAAGACGUGGCAGCGCAACGAGAAGGAUCGCCGAGACUGGGACUUGCGGCGGCGGCAGGCGGAGGCACAGAUCUCCCAGUUCAACCAGCGUGACCUCGACCUGCUCCUGGAGCCGAGUCGCUCGGCCAUUGUCAGCAUGGAGCGCUUCUUGCUGCCGCCCUCGGCUCCGGGACCGGCGACGGGCUUGAGCGCCGGGGUGAAGCGCAAACCUGCCCCCGGCGAAGAUUGA